GACCUACUUAAAUGUCUUUUUUGACAGUUGUGAUUCGUAUGUUUUGUUUGGAUUUGCCGACAAAGACAACGUUCCCAGAUCUGCUGCCAGAAUUUCGACAAAUUGAACAAAAUGUUGCCGCUUUCUCUUCUUAAAACAGCCCAAAGUCAUCCCAUGUUGGUAGAACUUAAAAAUGGUGAGACAUACAAUGGACAUCUUGUGAGCUGCGAUUCAUGGAUGAAUAUAAACUUACGGGACGUCAUUUGUACCUCAAAGGAUGGAGAUAGAUUUUGGAGAAUGCCAGAAUGUUAUAUUAGAGGAAGCACUAUUAAAUACUUGCGUAUCCCAGAUGAAGUAAUUGAUAUGGUCAAAGAGGAUUCUCAGGUUAAGUCGAGAAAUCGCGCCGAAAUGAAUAAAAGUCGAGGGGGUGGUGGAGGUGGAGGAGCUAAUAACCAAAACCAACGCGGUCGCCCUGGCAACCGUAAUAACUUUGGCAACCGCAAUGUGGCAGGUGGACCGAACAGCGGUUCCAGGCCAACAUCACAAGGUAAUAGACCUCUUGCUUCCGGCGUUAAAAACAACAGAAAGCAAUAGUUUAAAUACAAUUAAUUGCUGUAAACUAGGUUUUAAGAAGUAGUUUUCAAAAAACAAAAAUAAAAACUGUAGCUUUUGGAGAAA